AUGAGUUUACGAAACUACGUAGCUGAGCUUGUUAUUGAGCUCAAGCGAAAGCCGUGCGAAGAAUUCUGCGAAUUUGACUUUGUCGAAGACGAUUCUCCCUCGCAAGACGUGAACAUCGUCGAUGACUUGACAAGUGGCCUUCAUCAUCCAAACAGAGACGAUGUGCACCGCCACGUUACGACGCUGGUCGUUCAUCUGCCUGCCUACAGAGACGAGGCGCGUAGCCACGUGACGACGAUGGUCGCCCGUCGUUCCUCCUACAGAGACGAGGUGACGACCAACUCCUUGUCUUACUCCGACUAUGAAGCUCACGACGAAUUAUUCGACGAAAAUGCGAUGAACGUUGAUACAUUUUUUCAUGGUGAUCGUGCGUCUGUAGAAGAUGGUGGAGAGAGUGUCGUCGUGGAAGAUGGUGGAGAAAGUGACGACGGGGAAGAUGGUGAAGAAAGUGACGACGUGGAAGAGGGUGAAGAAAGUGACGACGAGGAAGAUGGUGAAGAAAGUGACGACGUGGAAGAUGGUGAAGAAAGUGACGACGUGGAAGAUGGUGAAGAAAGUGACGACGGGGAAGAUGGUGAAGAAAGUGACGACGAGGAAGAUGGUGAAGAUACUGUCGACGGGAAAUAUGGUGAAGAUACUGUCGACGCUGUUGAUAAUGCGAGAAGACAUGCCAUGUUUAAACGAAAGUCGACGCGGGACUUAUUGCCCACG